GCUGUGUUGUGAGGAGGGUGGGAAAGGAUGAGGAAGGGACUUCAGACGUUUUGGGGGAGGUUUUGAAAGUGUUAAAUUGGAGGUGGGAGGGGGAAGGGCCUGGGGGAGAAUUUGGGUGGAAAAGGAGAGCACGGAGGUUUGGGGGAAUGGAGAGCGUGGCGGUGUGACGAGGUAAUGGGGAAAGUGAGAGACUAGGAGGAAAGUUUGGGAGGAAGGGGAAUGGGCAUGGGAGAUAGGACAGUGGAGCUGCACGGGUGAUAGAGGUUGGGGGUUUCCCUUUCCCCCCCGUGGAAAGGAAGAGAGAGCAGAGUUAAGCAGCAUCAGUUGCAACCAAUUCUAAUUGCCAGGCCUUUAGCUUUUAAUAGGGUGGGAAGGGCAGAAUGGAAUGGUUCAGAGAAUUGGGGUGGGAUGAGGGUUCAACUGGAUUUGCUUUCCAAAGGCUCCCUGACUUACUGCUCCCUUGUUUUUCCUGGUUACCGAAAGAAGGGGAAAUGGGGAAGACGGUGUCACCGCCGUCAAAGUGUAGAAGGAGUGAAGGACUUUUCUAGUUUCUAGCAAUUAGCAGUGUAAGAAUGGGGAAACAGCCGUGCUGAGUUGGACCCCUAUAUGCUAAGGUGGAGGGAGGCUCUGGAAGUCGGAAAGGGAACAGAAAACAGGAUGGCAUCUAGGCAACCUGGAUAAUUAAAUGAGUGCUUUACUUUCCAGACCUUUCUUUUGCUGUUUAAGUGCUAAGAGGGAGGGGUCAGUAUUCACAUAUAGAAAACGUUCCCUGGUGAAAGGUACAUGUAUGAGUGGAUGCAGCCCCAGUGGAUAUUUUGUUCUCACUGUGUGCUAUGGGAGAGGGCAGAAGAGAGAAUUUGGAGGAUAGUUCUGGUCUGAUAAGUGAAGUGAUAGCGCCUUCUUUGGCUGUAACCGUUUCCCCGCCCCCAGUUCUCCCUAAAGUUGAAAGUCUAUGUUAAUAUUGUAACAAAGUAGGUGAGUCUCAUAAGGAAUUGAGGAGUCAGGUGGAAGGUAUCAGAGAAUAAUUGGUUUUGCCACAAGUUGAUGAAUUUCCCACAAGUUGCCAUGAGCCAUUGAGGCUGGAAACUCUUGGAGUUGGUAUUGUUUCGUGAAUUGGUUAGUAGAGAGUUGGGGAAGCCUGGGGACUUGGUUGGGGGUGAGUUUUCUCAUUUAGCUCAGAGUGGAUCAUUUUAAUCGAAAUGGCUUUAGGCGUGUCUGUGUAUUUUUUUAACUGAGACUAACUCUUUGGGCCUUUGAUGUUUCAAAAUAAAGCUUGAAAAUUGACUCUCCCCCCCCCCCCAUUUGUUUUUGUUUUGCUGCUGGCUUCCAACCUUGUGCUAGGAAGAGACCUGGGAAAUUAAGUUUCUUGCAAAGUAUAGUGGGGAUCGCAGCUGCGCAGCAGGGGUUCUGGAAAGCGUUGCGCACCUGAGCCCCUGGCAUGGCGGGCCUGAAGCGGCGGGCAAGCCAGGUGUGGCCCGAGGAGCACGGUGAGAAGGAACAUGGGCUGUAUAGCCUGCACCGCAUGUUCGACAUCGUGGGCACCCACCUGACACACAGAGAUGUGCGCGUUCUUUCCUUCCUCUUUGUCGAUGUCAUUGACGACCACGAGCGUGGCCUCAUCCGGAAUGGACGUGACUUCUUACUGGCGUUGGAGCGCCAGGGCCGCUGCGAUGAGAGUAACUUCCGCCAGGUGCUGCAGCUGCUGCGCAUCAUCACCCGGCACGACCUGCUGCCCUACGUCACCCUCAAGAGGCGGCGCGCGGUGUGCCCCGAUCUGGUAGACAAGUAUCUGGAGGAGACGUCAAUUCGCUAUGUGACCCCCAGAGCCCUCAGUGAUCCAGAACCGAGGCCUCCACAACCCCCCAAAACAGUGCCUCCCCACUAUCCUGUGGUGUGCUGCCCCACUUCAGGCCCUCAGAUGUGUAGCAAGCGGCCAGCUCGAGGGAGAGCCACACUUGGGAGCCAACGAAAACGCCGGAAGUCAGUAACACCAGACCCCAAGGAAAAGCAGACAUGUGACAUCAGACUGCGGGUUCGGGCUGAGUACUGCCAGCAUGAGACCGCUCUGCAAGGCAAUGUCUUCUCUAACAAGCAGGACCCACUCGAGCGCCAGUUUGAGCGCUUUAACCAGGCCAACACCAUCCUCAAGUCUCGGGACCUGGGCUCCAUCAUCUGUGACAUCAAGUUCUCUGAGCUCACCUACCUCGACGCAUUCUGGCGCGACUACAUCAAUGGCUCGCUACUAGAGGCGCUUAAAGGCGUCUUUAUCACAGACUCCCUCAAGCAGGCUGUGGGCCACGAAGCCAUCAAGCUGCUGGUGAACGUGGAUGAGGAGGACUACGAGCUGGGCCGGCAGAAACUCCUGAGGAACUUGAUGCUGCAGGCACUGCCCUGACCUUUCCCCUCUCACCUCUCGGGGGACUAUUCCCACCGCCCACCUCUGGAGCUUACAUACUGUUCUGGGGUUUGUUCUCUGCCCUUCCGACCAAUCACACCCCUGCCUUUUUUUUUCUUUUUUUUAAAGGAAAAGACGAAAAUGGAAGUGGUGUUCCCCACCCGUCCCUGCACCCGUGUGCCUGGGCCUCCCUUUUGUUUCCUUUUCCACGUACCCUCCUAAUGUGUGUCUCUACAGCCACCUUGCCACUGAGCCGUAAGACAAACGUAGAGGGAGAAGCAAAGGCUACAGAACGUAGUCUUUGUAAGGGAUGGAAGUGAACACUGCUUUUGGGCGUGUUGCGGGGUUAUCCGUACUUCUGGCUUUACGAGGGCUCUUCAAUUUUGUCUGAAAAACCAAAGGGCUGUGAGUAAGGGAGCUGUGUGGAAGGUGGGACUCUGAAGUGUAUUUUGGAAAUGAAUCACCACCCUCUCCCAAAUUAUAGAAUUUUUAAAAAACUAAGAAGCUGUGGCCCCUUCCGCUCUCUCCCGGCCUCUGGUGCUGCUCCUGUCUGCCCCGUUCCCUCUGUUCCAGGGCCUCAGACCUCUGCCUGGCAUGGCUCCGCCCUUUGUCCCCUUUGCCAAACCCUCCUCAAGGGAGGACUGGGUAAGAGGACUGGGUCAGCCGAGUUGCCCCUCCCAACAGGGUGGACGGAGAAGGGGGUGCUGAUUAAAAUACACUCCCCCUGAGAAGGGGAAGGGGGAGUGUGAGACUUCCCUUCCAUGUUCAAGUGAAAAUAAAUCAUGUACCCUGCAGCCCUUUCCCCUUGGCUUUCUUCUGGCUUGGGCAAAGGGCAACACAGGUGAAAGUGAAGUCAUUCAGUAUCACCUCCUGUCUUCUCUUUCCUUCCCCAUUCUCAACCCCACUCCCGCUCCCACGCUUCGGAGUGUGCGGCUGGGACACGCACUGAGUGUUGCACUUUUAUUUGGGUAGGGAGGCAUGUCGAAUGAGCCAGGAGGCCUAGAGCUGGAGCCUAGUCCAGCUGGUCCACCACCACCUCCCCUUUCAGCUCCCAAAGGAGAUAUCCAGACACAGACUUUAUGAUGAUUAUAUUUUUUUCAAUGCCAGUGCUGCUCAGCCCUCAGCAUAACUCCAGUUUUCAUGAAAUAAACAGUGACUGUAUAAAA